AUGUCUGUUACAGAAACAAUCACCAAACCCCAUGGGUUGAUGUCGGGUCAAAAGGCCUCUGAGGCACUAAUAUCGAAAUCCACCCCUUCACCUCACGCACCCUUACCCAAUGAGGCCAUUUCUGUUGGUAAAAUCACCGAAGUCUCUACCUUGGACGUGGAUCUUUCAAGCGCAGUCCCAAACUUAAGGGGAAAUCUUGCAGAACUCUUUGCCGAAAACAUUAUGGCGAAGGUCUGGCGUGUCGCAUGCGAGUCUCUUCCUGGUGCUGGCGCGACGUCCGAGGAACGUGCGAUGAAGUUCCCUCGCGUAUUUCCCGAAUACGUGCCCCAGAAUCCCCAACACGGCGAGAAGCUUGGCGUCUAUCAUCUCCGUGAGGCGGACUUCUGGACCUGUGGCUUCUUCCCCGGGACCUUGUAUGAGCUACUAGAACGGACAGUCCGUUAUCCCCAGUCAGCUGUGUACUUUCUCCAUUCAACGCCACGGGAGAGACGGGAUCAGCUGCGUGCCAUGUGUGAAAAAUGGUCGGAGCCGUUGCACGACAUGGCCAGCAGGACGGACACACACGACAUAGGCUUCAUUGUCAUGCCUGCUCUGCGCAAGGAUUGGGAGCUCUUUGGCAACUUCCGCAGCCUGGCAUCUAUUGUCAGGGCGGCCAAUAGCCUGGCAACGAGGUACGUUGCCUCCGCAAAGGCUAUCCGCAGCUGGGAUCUCUUUAUCAGGAAAGACACGCAGAUCACGGAUAUGAAUACCAAUAUUAUCGUGAUCAUCGACUCCUUGUGCAAUCUCGACCUACUCUUCUAUGCCGCCGCCCAUAGUUCCUCCCCACAUCUUGCGGAGAUGGCCGUCACCCAUGCCCGCACCGUGAUACGCACCCACCUGCGUCCAGAGCCGCAUGUCUCACAACCCGCGAUCGGAAGAUAUAAAGGCCAGCUAUACUCAACCAACCAUGUCACAUGUAUAGACCCAAAGACUGGCGACAUCAAAUGUCGUAUGACGGCGCAGGGGUACGGAGACGGGUCCACCUGGGCUCGCGGUCAGGCCUGGGCAAUACUAGGGUAUGCACAGACGUACAUGUGGACCGGGGACAAGGAGUUCCUCGAUGUGGCGUGCGGCACGGCAGAGUAUUUUCUGGAUAGGUUGGAGACGCAUCCGGUUGCGCGGGGACCUGGAAGUGGGAAGAUGCAGUACACUUCCCCACCAUGGGACUUUGAUGCUCCGAUGGAGGAGAGUGAGGGCCAGGAGGUUGUGAGGGAUUCCAGCGCGGCAGCAAUCGCGGCGAAUGGGUUGCUCGUGCUGUCGCAGGCGCUGAUUGCGAAGGGAGAAAAAUCGCUUGCAUCGAGAUUUUUUGACGCGGCGGUGGGGAUUAUGAGAGGCACGCUGGACUAUUCACUAGCGAAGGAGACUGCACGGUUUCAGUUUAUUCCUGGCAAAGACGGAGAGGAGUUGAAAGAAGGCCUGGCCGUGGAGGACCUUGUGCAGGGAAAGCGGUUCGAUGCGAUCCUUAAGCAUGGGACUGCUAACAACAAUGAGAACGCGAGGAGGCGGUAUGCGAAUCAUGGCCUGGUGUAUGGUGAUUAUUACUUGGUGAGAUUUGGAAACGAGCUGCUGCGCAUGGGCUUAGUGUAG